AUGGAAAGCUCAAACCACAGCAAGCAGAACCAGUGGAGCUGUUCGAGCUCAGAGUCAGAGUUUUACAGCGUUUCCUCUCCAGACACCGUCUCGCCGGAUCCAUCCAUGGACCGGGGCUUCUCCCCGUCCCACCAGGCCCAGCCUACAUGCUCAAAAUCAGUCAAACCUGCAGGUGUUGUCAAGAAGAAACGCAGAUUAAGGCUGAAGAACCCGAGCGAGCAACGGCAGAACGCCAGUGAGAAGGAAAAGCUGAGGAUGAGGGAUCUGACCAAAGCUCUCCACCAUCUCAGGACCUACCUGCCUCCGUCCGUAGCUCCUGUAGGCCAAACCCUGACCAAGAUCGAGACGCUCCGGCUCACCAUACGCUACAUCUCGUUUCUGUCUGCUCAGCUGGGUCUCAGUGAAGAAGAGCUGAACCACAGGAAGAACAGGAACUCCAGCGGCUGCUCAUAUUCUCCAGAGAUCGUUGGUUAUUUUCAGUACAGGUCUAUGGCUGGAGGUUGGGUCGAGCAAGGACAGGGUCAUGGUCACUAUGAUGGACAGCAUGAGGGUUGCUCCGGUCAUACAGGGCAAUGUGAUGAGAUCAACAUGGAUCAGUAUGGUGGUUCCUCACAGCAGCAUUCAACAGAGCAAAACUUCUCUGCAAAUGUAGAUGGAUUCCUCCAGUCACAACAGUGUGCUCAAACAUCGCAGACAUACCAGGUUUAUGGCAGAAACUUUGGCUAUCAUCUUGUUUCUCAAGCUUACUGGAGCUGA